CGAAAAACUGAAAUGAAAUUAAAUGAAAUCAGUUUCAGUUUUGGCGGUAAAUAGGCUAGAUGUUAUUCAACGAUCUGGCAGCACAAAACUCCUUUGCGCGCUAAGUUGGCUGCGCUUUAACAACAAUAAAUGCAUAUUUCGAAUAUAACUGUAAAGCCAACUCACUUAAAUGCAAAGCACAAAAAGAAAGCAAAUAGAGAAGGAAAUGACGGAAAAUCAGAACAACAACAAAAUGAACUCAAUUAAUGAUAAAAGACAAACAAAACUUUGGCUACGCUUUGGGGCCUCAGCUCGGACUCGACGCCAUUUUUAGAACCAUUUGAGCUUUAUAAUCGGCAAGGAAAUGAACAUAUCACAGCUGUUUCAGUCGUAUCAGGAUUUGUCCGGGGAGCAGAUGAAUCAAAUCAAUGAGUAUGUGGCACAAGCCCUGCUCCACGUAGUGCACAGCUACAUCAUGAGCGUGACGCCGUCGCUGGUUCUGACCCUCUGCUGCCGCAAUAAUCAUACCUGCAACUUCUACAACGAGAUGAUGAGUGUACUUUUUCGUGACUGGGGCAUAGCUCCACUCCAGAUUGUCACUGUGGAGCAGGGCAUGCUGCGACAAUUUAUUCCGGGCCGCAGGCACUACAAUCUGAUAUUCACUGACUCCUACGCAGCCUUUUCGGAGAUCGAGGUUGAAGUCCAUUCCAAGGAAUACAACUAUAAUGAGUACUAUUAUAUCUUUUUACAAGCACGCGAUCGCCUGCUGCUGAGCGAGAUGCGCCGCAUCUUUGAACACUGCUGGCGCCAUCAGCUCAUCAAUUGCAACAUCCAGGUGCAGCGUGCUAAUGGUGAUAUCCUGCUUUAUACGUAUCUGCCAUUUGGUCCAGAGAGCUGUGCAGAUAUGACGCCUCAGCUGAUCAAUCGCUACAAUGGCAGCCAUAUGCUCAAUCCCCAACUUUUUCCACCCAAGCUGCGCAACUUCUAUGGGUGCCCCCUGCGAGCCGCGUUGUUGCAUAUACCGCCGUUCAUCUAGCUAGAGGGCACGCGCAUCACUGGCGGCCUGGAGGGUCGCCUCUUACAAACAUUCAUUGCGAGACUUAACUUGAGCAUUGAAGUGCAGCAGCCGCCGCAGGGACCUGAUCUGUCCUCCAACAAAAUGCUGCAAAUGCUUCAACGUGACCAAGCGGACUUUUGCGUGGGUGGCAUUCGGCAGACGGUGGCCAACAGCUUGUCAGCUACUUCGACCCACAAUUAUCAUCAGACAAGUGUUCGUUUUGGUGUCUUAAGCCUCAGCUAUGAGCUGAGCUCCCUGGACAUUUUAUUCUAUCCGUAUCCCACAGCUAUCUGGUUGGGCGUUGUCCUCGUGUUUGCCAUGUCAGUUUUGGUGCUUCUUAGUAUGGAUCGGCUGCUGCUAUUGAGGGAGCAGAGCUCCAUCUUGCUCAACCUGGAGCUGAUCUUUGUGGGCAUGCCUAUGUUGCAGCUGUCGAGCUCCCUUGCCAAGAGUGUGUACUGCAUCAUGCUGAUGUUCUACACAUUACUCAUACGCACUGUCUACCAGGGCAUGCUCUACCACUUGAUACGCACGCAUCAGCUGAACAGGCUGCCCCAGUCUAUCGAGGAGCUGGUGGCUCACAACUAUGAAGUGGUCCUCUCGGCUAGCAUACACGAUGUUCUCACCGAAAUACCAGCUGUGCAACAAAUGCGUUACCACCUAAUCGAUGGUGAUAGCGACCUGAUGCUACCCUUGCAUUAUCUAGCAGAGCGUCCACGGAAUAAAAGGCAGGUGACAGCCACUGUGCAAGACAUCUUUCUCAUGUACAAUCGGUUGAGUGCCUACAAUGCGGAAGCCAAAUCCCAACAGCACGAGGCAAAUCAUUUCGAGAUCAUUGCGCAAGAUGUAGUCGACCUGCAGCUGACGAUGUACCUAAGGAAGCAUUCCUUUCUGAUCGAUGCUUUCAACGAGGAAAUCAUGUGGAUGCGUUCCGUGGGACUGCUGGCCAUAUGGGCGCGCUGGGAGCUGGACGAGAGCCAUAUGCGAGCAACGCACUUGAGCUCUCGAGUAUUUGGCAUACAGGAGCUCUAUGUGAUGUUCAUCUUGAUUCUGAUUGGCUUGUUGCUCAGCACGCUUAUCUUUUGCCUGGAGCUGCUCUCCCUGCGCUCUGUGCGACUUCAGCGCUGGUUUCUAACGAAAUAAAAACUUUCAAAUGACUAAAUAUUUAUAAAGUAGUUAAAUUACAACUAAA